AGUUGAGGCAGUUGGUAAGCACGGCCGUCGGCGCGCGCACGGUACGCAAUGGCGCGAAUUUGUGUGUUGCAAGUUUUGUUAUUUAUUUACGCUGUUCAUUCAGAAAAUGUACCAGCACCGAAAUCGAAGAAGAUCCUAGACACCGUCAUGAAUCCAUCCUACAUACCUGCUGACGAAAAACACGGUUCCUAUUGGAAGAAAUCCGCUGCAGAGACUCUCAAGUCAAAGCUCCAGGAGAAAAUUAAUACGAAUAAAGCUAAAAAUGGCAUUCUGUUUAUUGGCGAUGGAAUGUCGGUAGCGACGAUCAUGGCUGCUAGAACGUUCGGUGGUCAGUUGGAGAGGAAUUUGGGGGAGGAAAACGUUCUGGACUUUGAGAAGUUCCCGGUUGCUGGAUUGGCUAGGACGUACUGCAUAGACGCUCAAGUCCCCGACUCUGCUUGCACAGCCACGUCCUACCUCACGGGUGUGAAGACGAAGUAUGGUGUGAUUGGUCUGGACGGCAAUGUUACAAGGGGGUCAUGUUACUCACAACUGCAUAAGGCCAAUUGGGCGCCAUCUAUUGGCCAAUGGGCAUUGGCGAAUGGUCUGGAUGUUGGAUUAGUAACAACAACGCGUGUGACCCACGCCUCUCCCGCGGGAAUGUACGCACAUAGCUCGGAGAGAAACUGGGAGUCAGAUGCUGAUGUGCCUGAUGAUUGUCUGUCCCUGGGCUGCCGGGAUAUCGCAUAUCAACUGGUUAUGAACAACCCUGGACGGCAGUUUAAGGUAAUACUGGGUGGUGGUAGGCGGGAAUUACUACCAAACAUCACAUCACCUCUUACCAACAACACAGGCAGACGGAACGACGGCCUCGACCUAACAGACAUGUGGCAUGUAGAUAAGAUGGAGAAGAAUGCCAGCCACCAGUAUGUUACAGAUAGGAAUGAACUUAUGAAGGUGUUCAAUUCCGAUGACCUCCCAGAAUACCUCCUAGGUCUAUUCCAGAAUGACCACAUGGACUACCAUCUGAAGGCUUCUAACCAGCCCACCUUGGAGGAAAUGGUCGAAGUGGCCAUCAAAAUGUUGAGCAGAAGCGAGAAAGGAUAUUUCCUCUUUGUUGAAGGUGGUAGAAUAGAUCAUGCCCACCACGACAGCUAUGCCCACCUUGCCUUAGAUGAAACAGUGGAAUACAGCAAAGCUGUCAAAAAGGCCCGAGACAUGACCAAUGAUCAGGAAACUCUCAUAGUAGUCAGUUCUGAUCACGCUCAUACAAUGACAGUAGCAGGGUAUCCUUCAAGGGGUAAUGAUAUCCUCGGUGUAGUGGAUACAGCAAGCGGUCAGGAUGGAAAACCGUAUACCACUAUUAGUUAUGCGAAUGGCAAAGCCACUUCGAUCAAUGAGAAUGGACGAGUUGACGUCACUUUGCAUAGCGAGUUCUCUAAUCGUGCACUCGACUACUCCUACCCCAGCCUCGUCCCGCUCGAAUCAGAAACCCACGGUGGGGAGGACGUCGCGGUGUUCGCACUCGGCCCCUGGCAGCACCUCUUCACAUCCAGCUACGAACAAUCCGUCGUCCCGCACCUCAUGGCCUACGCCAUGUGCCUUACAGACGACAAACACGAGAACUGCAAACCGAAGUCCAGGCAUAGAACGUUCUGGACCUCCAGUGGUACAACCCACAAACCAGAGUAUUAUAUUAUGUUAACUUGUGCUGUGAUAGCUGGCUGUGUUAGGUAUUAAAUAGGUUAGGAAUGGCGGCAGAGUUACUUAAAUUUGAGGGAAUAAGCAGAGGUUAGGAAAACGAAUUUAUCAAUAAUUACAAUUUUGCAGUACAUAGAUAGAGUUUUGUAGAAACGAGCCGUCUCAAGUUGUUGAAAUAGAUUGUUGUUAUGUUUUUAUUAUGCAUCUCAAUCCU